AUGAAAUGGAAGAAUGGAAAGAGUGAGAUCGGAGAAAGAAGAAUAAAGCAAGGGAGAUGGGACAAUAUUUAUGCUAUUGUUGAAAUCAGCCAUCCUCACGCAUCCUCAUCAUCCCCCACUCCCCAACCACCAACAGAAAGGAGCUCUUCAGCCAUCCUUGUCAUCCCCCCACUCCCCAACCAUCAACAGAAAACUCUCCAGCCAUCUUCACCAUCUCCCCACUCCCAAACCACCACCAGAAAGGAGCUCUUCAGCCAUCCUCACCAUCCCCCACUCCCAAACCACCACCAGAAAGGAGCUCUUCAGCCAUCCUCACCAUCUCCCCACUCCCAAACCACCACCAGAAAGGAGCUCUUCAGCCAUCCUCACCAUCUCCCCACUCCCAAACCACCACCAGAAAGGAGCUCUUCAGCCAUCCUCACCAUCCCCCACUCCCAAACCACCACCAGAAAGCUCUUCAGCCAUCCUCACCAUCUCCCCACUCCCAAACCACCACCAGAAAGGAGCUCUUCAGCCAUCCUCACCAUCCCCCACUCCCAAACCACCACCAGAAAGGAGCUCUUCAGCCAUCCUCACCAUCCCCCACUCCCAAACCACCACCAGAAAGCUCUUCAGCCAUCCUCACCAUCCCCCACUCCCAAACCACCACCAGAAAGGAGCUCUUCAGCCAUCCUCACCAUCCCCCACUCCCAAACCACCACCAGAAAGCUCUUCAGCCAUCCUCACCAUCCCCCCACUCCCAAACCACCACCAGAAAGCUCUUCAGCCAUCCUCACCAUCCCCCCAAUCCCAAACCACCACCAGAAAGGAGCUCUUCAGCCAUCCUGA